AUGAGCAUCCUUACUCUGCUUCUCCUUGCUUUGGCAGCACUCGCCGGUCGAGCCGCUUCGCAGUCGGCAGCAACUCCUCGCAUCCUGCUCUACACCAAGACGGCCGGUUUCAGACACGAAUCGCUUCCCAUCGCCAUUCGCACCAUCACCUCGCUCGGAAAUGGCUCGCUCACCCUCCCUCGCUCCGCCAUCGACCCCUCCAUUGCAGACGUGCGCUGGAACACUGUCAACACCGAAGAUGAGACCCGCUUUCACAAUUACACCUUCCUCUCCCAAUUCAAGGCCAUCGGCUUCGUCAGCACCACCGACCAGGAUCCUCCCUUGAACGGCACCGUCCUCGACGACCAAGGUUUGCGAAACCUCGCUCGCUAUGUCGAACAGGGAGGUGGCUUCUUCGGUGUCCACUCGGCGGCAGCCACGCUCUUUGGCGCUCCCUUCUACGGUCGACUCGUCGGCGCCUACUUUGACUACCACCCUCAGAUUCAGAACAUUACUGUAAGAGCAGUCGAAGGAGGUCAUCCAUCUACUUUCAGAUUCCCGGCGGAAGGCCUGCGGAUCUUUGAAGAGGUCUACAACUUUCGCUCCGAUCCUAGGACUCUUCCGUCCCCAGCCAAUGUGCUCGUCACCAACGCUUCCACCUAUGAAGACCCUGGUGUCAACCCGCAAGGCUUCAGAAAUGGUACCAAUGGUCCCGCUCCCCUUCCGCUUGCCUGGUGGAGGCAAGGCGGCCUGCUCGACUCAACCUCGACAACCGAUCCGAGCGUGAGAGGCGCGGGUGGCGCUAACAUUCAGGCAUCAGGUGGGCCGGGCAGAUCAUGGUACACGAGCUUAGGUCACGACUCGUCCACAUGGCAGCUUGACCUCUUCCGUGGUCAUAUCGCCGGUGGAAUCGCUUGGGUACUCGCAUCGGACGCUUUUACACCUGCACAGAGCAGCAAUACAAGCAGCAGCGCCGACACGUCCAGCACUGCUUCAGCUUCCCCUACUAAUAGCAACAGCAACAGCAACGAUGCAGGACGUCAGUGGAUCACCAGUGUGCCUGCAUCGAUGCUGUUGGCGGUGUUGGCAGCUUUGCUUUUGAUCAUGUCGAAUGUAGCGUAG